UCGCCGCUGCGUGCAGUUUCCUCUUGACUUUCCAGUUCCGGCCUCCCGGGUUCGGGAGGAGCCGGGAACAUGCGGCUGUCGGUCGUUGCCGCCAUCUCCCACGGCCGCGUAUUCCGCCGCCUGGGCCUUGGCCCCGAGUCCCGCAUCCACCUGCUGCGGAACUUGCUUACGGGACUAGUGCGACACGAGCGCAUCGAGGCGUCAUGGGCGCGCGUGGACGAGAUGAGGGGCUACGCCGAGAAGCUCAUCGACUAUGGGAAGCUGGGAGACACCAACCAGCGAGCCAUGCGCAUGGCUGACUUCUGGCUCACGGAGAAAGACUUGAUCCCAAAGCUGUUUCAAGUACUGGCCCCUCGGUACCAAGGUCAGAAUGGGGGCUACACAAGAAUGCUGCAGAUCCCAAAUCGGAAUAAGCAGGAUCGGGCUAAGAUGGCAGUGAUCGAGUAUAAAGGGAACUGCCUCCCACCCCUGCCCCUGCCUCGCAGAGACAGCAACCUUACACUCCUAAACCAGCUACUUCUGGGACUGCGACAGGACCAGAAAGCAAGCAUCCACAGCUCCCUCUCACGUCAAACACCAGGGAUUUAACUGGAGCCAAAGGAUGUGUAGCCUCAUCAGUGCUCAUGAUCAUAGACCUUUGGAUCACUUCAUCUCUAAGAACUGGAGCUAGAGUUGUAAAUGGACAGUCUUAAUAGAGCCCAGAACCUGCUUGGGGGCCAAAUAACCCUCUCUUUGCACAAUAGAUAAAAUUCUUUGUAUGACUAUA